AUGAAGCGUUUCAGCCAGAGAGUGCUCUCACGAGGGAAGGGUGAUAGCAAGACAUCCAAGAAGAAUAAGGACUCGAAGGAUGGAACUGCCUCUCCCUCUGGUAGUUCGCGAGAAACGCAAUCCCCCACCUUGACGCCCACCUCGUCGACCUCGACCCUCAACGACAUCCGCAACAAGCCUUUGCCCCCGAACCAAGCUGGACACGGCGACCACGGCAGUUUGCCGGGCCAAGGCGCGCCUUCUGCGCAAGGAGUUUUGCCCGACAGAUUCAACAGCAUGGGACCAUCAUCGCCCAACGGUGCUGCGACUCCGAGCCGACAUGGGUCACUGCCCCCGACCGUUGUUAUCAGCCCAAGCGCACCGCAUGUGCCACCGCCUGGAGCCGCCGAAACCAUGCCACACGAUUUGGCGCCGCCCAAGGCUGGACAGAAGUCACUCAUGUUCGAUCGCCUCCAUCAAACCCCCAAGGAUGUUCCCGAGGGUCUUCGAACGCCCAAGAGACAGCACUCGUCGCGCUUCGAUAUUUCCGCGCAUCGUGAGCUCGAGAAGUUGCCGGGAUUCCAUGAGGUCCCCCCGAACCGACGCCAGGAGCUGUUCAUGCAAAAGAUUGACCAGUGCAAUGUCAUUUUCGACUUUAACGACGCCAGCGGUGACAUGAAGUCCAAGGAGAUCAAGCGUCUUGCUCUACAUGAGCUCCUCGACUACGUCGCGAACAACCGCCAGGUCAUUACAGAGCCUAUGUAUCCCCGCGUCGUCGAUAUGUUCGCCAAGAACCUUUUCCGCCCCAUUCCACCGCCGAUGAAUCCACAAGGUGAAGCAUUUGAUCCCGAAGAGGACGAGCCCGUCUUGGAGGUGGCUUGGCCGCACAUUCAGGUCGUCUACGAGUUCUUCUUGCGUUUUAUUGAGAGCCAGGACUUCAACACCAACAUCGCCAAGGCGUACAUUGAUCACAGCUUUGUGCUUCAGCUUCUGGAACUGUUUGACUCGGAGGAUCCGCGCGAGAGGGAUUUCCUGAAGACGACUCUCCACAGGAUCUAUGGAAAAUUUCUGAACUUGCGUUCUUUCAUUCGUCGAUCCAUCAACAACGUCUUCUUCCAGUUCAUCUACGAAACAGAGAGAUUUAACGGUAUUGCCGAGCUGCUGGAAAUCCUGGGUUCAAUCAUCAACGGAUUUGCGCUGCCCCUGAAGGAGGAACACAAGCUGUUCCUGACUCGGGUGCUGAUCCCCCUGCACAAGGUCAAGAGUCUCAGCAUGUACCACCCUCAAUUGGCGUAUUGUAUUGUCCAGUUUCUCGAAAAGGAUGCUUCCUUGACCGAAGAAGUUGUUCUUGGCCUCCUGCGAUAUUGGCCGAAGGUCAACAGCACCAAGGAAGUAAUGUUCCUUAAUGAGGUCGAAGACAUUUUUGAGGUGAUGGAUCCCGCCGAAUUCGCCAAAGUCCAGGAGCCUUUGUUUCAUCAGCUGGCCAAGUCGGUUGCGAGCCCUCAUUUCCAAGUGGCAGAGCGUGCUCUGUAUUUCUGGAACAACGAGUACUUCUGCAACCUGGUGAGCGAUAAUGUGGAGAUUAUUCUGCCCAUCAUGUUCGCUCCCCUCUACGAGAACUCUAAGGGACACUGGAACAGGACAAUUCAUGGCAUGGUAUACAAUGCGAUGAAGCUUUUCAUGGAGAUCAACCCGCAGUUGUUUGACGACUGCUCUCAUGAAUACACGGAGCAGCAGAACAACGCAUCAGCACGCGAGGCCCUCCGAGAGCGAAAGUGGGCAGCCAUCAAGGAUCAAGCAGCUGGAAAGAAGCCCAAUGGCGUCUCGGAUGCCGAUGACAACCAAAAGCGGUUGGACUCGUUGAAGCUCGAUGAGCGUCGUCCGAAUACCCAUGAGCGACAAAACUCGGUGGGCUCCUCCAGAAGCCGGUGA